UCGUUCGAGGUCGAAGGGAGGAAUUGAACCUGUUGAUAUGGCUGACAAUUGGUUGCCACCAACAUUUAGAAAGCAUGAGGGUGACAGUGGUGGCAAGUUUCAAAAUGAAAAACCUCAACCUGGAUCUACACAAAAUCAAACUACUGAAGAUUUCUCUGUGGAAAGAACUUGCACCAGGGUAAAAGUGAAGAUAGAGAAACUGGAAGAUGAGGAAAAAGAGAAAAUGAGCUUCUAUCCAAAAGGGAACAGCAUCCUUAUACACUAUCUCUGUAAGCAUGAUUUAGCAAAUCUAGCUGCGGAACAGGACUGGAGACUCAUUCUGGAAAAGAUGGACAAAAAACUUGUUGCUAAACUCCUGAUUAAAAAGGAAGUCCUGAUUGAGAACUGUAGCGAUAGAGUCAGAGAGUUAAUUGUAAAGGCUCUUCCCAACUUACAUCAAGAGAAAUGCUUCCUUUCAUCUCUUAGCAACAAGGAACCUAGCGACAGAGACCAAGGUUACAAGGAUCCGCUACAACAAGCUCUUGCUUGUCUUGUUCCAUUGAUCAAAGCUGGUCAAAAUCAGGCUGACGUUCUGUAUGACAAGGAUUUGAAUUGUCUGAUCAUAACAGGCCCUACAGAAACUGUCAAACAGUUACACAUGAAGGCAAAGGUCAAGUUGUACAGCGUUACCAUGGAGACAGUUUUAGAGUCUCCAUCACAAGGAUGUUUGUUGAGGACAUUUAGAGUCAUGGAUCAACUGAGAGGUCAGUAUCAUGGUCUCACAGCGGUUGUACAGGAUUGCAACAUAAAAGUGACAUGGACAGGAACUGAAGAGAACAUCCGACAAGGUCGACAAGAGAUGGAGAAGUUUAUCAGAGAGAUAAAAACGGACACAUUCUAUGUUUCUAUGGUGAUGAAGAAGCUGCUGUUGACACCAGAGAUAAAACAGUACAUUGAUAGUAUACUUCAGAAGGACGGUAUCAUUUGUGUGUGGCAGGUCAUUGAGACCGGACAAAUACAGGUUUGGUCAAUGAAGGCUUCAUCUUCCAAGCGUGUUGGGCUCAAAAUUAGAGAAAAUUUCAAAGAAGAGACCUUCUUAGUAAAGGACUUUCCGUUUAUUUCAGAUGUUUCAAAAGUAGGAUUUGGUCUCGGUACCGCAGAGAUGAACAAUUUUUCAGUAGAAGAAACCUCUGACACAGUCCACGUAGCUGCAAAAUCUUGUACCAUGCAAAAGAUUAUCCAGUAUUUGCAAGAUUUAAAGGAUAAACCAACUCCUGGAAAACAGCCAUCAACCAACCAAGAGGGAGAUAACUCCGAGAAGACAACAAGUGGCUGUACUAUAGAAGUACGAGGAAUGGACAAACAGACAUCAAAUGACACUGUAGAGCUCUACUUUGAAAGUAAAAGAGCAGUGGGUCGUCCAGUUGACAUUGAAAACUUUGAUGCAUCAAAACGAGAGAAAGACGGCGUCAUCUUCAUCACGUAUGAAAACGAGGAAGAUGCACAACUUGUUCUUGGAAGACAGCACACCUUAGACAAGUCUUCCUUAACUGUGAGAUUGUUUGAGGCCCUGGAACCUGUACCCGGUCCUUCAUUUUACAAGGAAAAGGUUUUCUUCAGGAACAUGAAUCCUAAAACGACACGAAAAGUGCUCGAGGAUUUUCUGAAAUCAAAAGUCAAUGUGUCUCCAUUAGAACUUUUAUACGGAGAAGAGGAGGGUGCAGUCUUGGUUACAUUUGAUGGUGAUCCAGAUUUUGAAAAAUUGAAGAAUGCCUGUCAAAAUUCAAAAUUGGAAAACUGUCUGCUGGAGGCAAUGCAGGUGCCAAUAUCUCACAGUGUCCUUGUCAGUGGGGUCGGAAAAGGUACAAGUCUGGACACCUUGGAAUUUUAUUUUGAGAACAGCCGCAGAAGCGGUGGUAGUGAUGUCACUGAGGUCAAGGAGAUAUCUGACAGAUACUUUCACGUCACUUUUGAAGAUCCUGGAGUGAUAGACAGAGUCUGCCAGAGAACACACAAAUUGGAUAGGAAAACACUCACAGUGCAGACUUACCAUGAAAUGCUGGGCCACAGGGUCAGCCAUAGAGGACCGACCUUUAAGGUCCCUUGCCCCUUGGUUAUCAAAGAUGCUGACCAAAAUACAGUCCAGCACCUCAUGUCAUAUGACAUGACAAAACUGGAAAAACAGUUAAGUGACCAUCACGCAAAACUACAUUGGCCAGGAGACAUUCCCGGGCACCUGAAGCUGGAGUGCCUGUUAACAGAGGAUGUGGUGGAUGGCAAUAGACUUGUCAUUUCCUGGGAGGAGGUGGUUCGAAAUACUCUGAGCAAUUUUCUGGCUCAGGCAGUGACAACAAAAUCUCAAGUUGCCAAGAGAUCUCCAGAUGUCACAGGAUCAAUAAAGGACUCUUCAGCAAAGAAGGACAGGGACCUGAUCAAAGUCGAUGACACCAGAGAUCAUUUCAGCUCUCCACGAGAUGACUCUGAACAUGUACCAGACAUCAGUAUAGUAAUGCCAGAAGAAACCUUUCUGGCUCUUCAGUUUUUCUGCUGUGGAUAUGGAUCAAUGGAUCAACAAGCUGUAUGUUACAGAGGCGGCAUGCUUCAGGUAUCUUGCAAUAAAAAGAGUGAAAAGAAGGUCAUACAAACUUGCAUUGAAUCCAAGUUGAACCACAUAGAGAUAAUGAACAAAGAUGAUGUCUCCUUCAGUCCAGCUGAGGAACCAAAAGUCAAAGGAACUAUCGAACAAAUUCACAAGUCUGUUGUUGGAGUUUUCUGCUAUCAACUUAAAAAAGAUGAACACAGCAUGAUCCAUUUAAUGACUCAAUCCUACAGUCAGCUACAGACAACAAAGCACAAGAUCUCAUUGGGAUUAGGCAGGAUAAAGCAGACAGAAACACGGAGAAAUAGGCUGUUUGACAACACACCACUUCAGCAAAACAAAGGGGACGGCACUUCAACAGAUAGACACAGAUUUAGUCAGUCAUUCACUGCGAGCCAGUCAUCAUGGAAAACUCAAUCUACGGCUGGUUAUGGUAGUGUUAGUCCUAAAGACUUCACUACACCAGAAGGACUGUUAAUACAAGUUUAUCCUGGCAGUAUCCUUCAUCUUGACGUGGACUGUAUUGUAAACGCUGCCAAUGGCGAUUUACAACAUGGAGGGGGAGUGGCCUAUGUGAUAUCUAAUGCGGCUGGUUACGACUUUGAGCGGGAGAGUAGGGAGUACAUAUAUAACCAUGGACCCCUGAGAGUUGGAGAGGUGUGUACUACCACUGCUGGUAACCUGAAGUACAAGGGUGUUAUUCAUGCUGUCGGGCCAAGGUGGAAUGACUAUAGUCAGGACCAGAAGCAAACAUGUUUGGCAGAUUUACAGACUGCUGUCAAGAACAGUUUGGAGGAGGCAGACUUCCAAAAAUACAAGGCUCUAGCAAUACCUGCUAUCAGUUCAGGUAUAUUUGGGGUGCCAAAGGAACUCUGUACCCAAGAGUACUACCGAGCAGUAAAGGAGUACAGUAAAUCAAGACGGAGUCACUCGACCUUGACCGAGGUACACUUCAUUGACAAGGACACACAGAUGUGUAAACUGAUACAGACGACCUUCACCAAAUGUUUUGCUGGAAAUGCUGGGUCAAGUAGCUUUGGAGCUGGCACUGGAGGUAGAAACAAUUUCUCAUCGGCUUUUAUGUCUCUGUGGAAUACUACCCCAGUUUUACAAAGGUCCAGCAGUGAAUCUGCGAAUGGAGAUGGAUCGUCUGUAUACCCAGCAAGUCCACCCUUCAUAGAUCAACAUAGAAACUUUCAACGUUCACCAUCCCGUGGCCAACGUUUUAAGUAUCAGAUAGGGAAUAAUUGGACUGUACACAUCGUCCAUGGAAAUAUUGUGGAGAUUGAGGCUGACGCCAUUGUCAGUCCCGAGAAUGUCCAGUGUGACAGUACAGGAAGUAUUGCCAGGGAAAUCGCUCGAGUAGCUGGACAAGUGUAUGUAGAUAAUGACCAGUCAGAGCUAAGACUUCAUCAAAGAAAACUGAAGCUGACGGAGGAACUUGACACUUUAGCGGGUCGAUCUCACUUUAAGUAUGUGUUACAUGUGGUUGCACCUAAAUGGGAUGUCACUGCCGUCGCAGACCAGAGUAGUUACUGGGAGAACCUUGAAAAAUCUUACAACAACAUCUUCUCAAAGUUAGUUGAGAAACAUCUGGAUAUUACAUCUUUAGCAUUACCAAUUCUUGGAAUUGGUGCAGUUGAAAACAAUGCUACUCCAAUUAACAUUAUCUGCAGAUUUAUAGCCAUCAUUUGUAAAAGGUAUGCAGAGAAGACUUCAUCAAGGAAAACACUGUAUUUCUGCAAUGAUGAUAUUGUAGCUGUACUUGCAUUGAGGGAUGCUUUUGGAAAAGACUUCAACAAAAGCAGUGAUGGAUCAGAGGAUGACAAGAAGGGUCAGAGUGACACUGACAUGGCUAGACUUGACCGAGGGGUAGGUUUGGAGGUUACAGAGAACUGCUGUAUCUGUAUAGACACUAUGACUGAGCCUAAGAAGCUGUCGUGUGGUCACAUGUUCUGUAGAGAGUGUAUAGACCAGCAGUUUAAGUACAAGCCAGCCUGUCCCCAGUGUGGAGCUGUCCAUGGGAAGAUCACAGGGGACCAGCCACCGGAGAUGAUGACCAUAACUACUACCAAGUUGCAUGGGCCAGGUGGCUCCUUGCCAGGUUAUAGUGGAUGUGGUAUCAUCAACAUCAGAUAUCACUUCCCUGCUGGGAAACAAGGCCCAGAUCAUCCUACACCAGGUAAACACUACCAGGGUAUCACCAGACCUGGGUUUCUUCCUGACAACGAGAAAGGUCGUCUUGUGGCCAAAUUGUUAAAAAUAGCCUUUGACCGGAGGUUGGUGUUCACCAUUGGAAGCUCAAGGACAACUGGGAAUGAUUGGGUUGUGACCUGGAAUGACAUUCACCACAAAACAAGUAUGGACGGGGGCCCAGAAGCGUAUGGAUACCCGGACCCAAGCUACCUAGAUAUGGUGUUGUAUGAUUUGAAAACCAAAGGAAUCACAAAAAAGUCCCUCGAUGAACCAUGAGUGUGGAGCUCGUGGAAAAUAUUUAAUUGUCUCCAAAAGCACAAGUGUAAAUAUUGGUUCAUUCUGCCAUACAAUUGAAAUAUUUAUUAACAGGAAAACCAUUAAAUCAACACAAAUCAUAUACUUUUACAUCAGAAAACUUCGAGAAUUAGUAACGCAAUAUUUGAUGCCAGGCUCUAGCGACGUCAAUUUUGACCACAAGGCAUGCGCCUACUUUCACAGGGGUCAAAUAUGUCAAAAACUUUUAACGACUUCUUCUGAAGAACUAAAAGGGAUAGAA